AGGAAUUCUUUCCAUCAUGUCCACCGCCACCCCUCGAAUACCUCCACUUCCUCCUAUCACCACUCUCCCCUCUCUGCCUCAAGAAGCCCACAUCCAGAUCCUCGACCUCCUCUUCGAACGUCAUGCAUCAAUCCACACUCUUCUUCUCCCUCACCUACACACUCCACACCCUUCAUACCCAGCACUCGUAUCCACCAUCCAUACCCGCUUGCUCUCUUUACUCUCCUCGCCUUCGGACCUUCCCGUUCUUGAAGAUAUCCUCUCCUCCCAUCCACGACUCGGCGCGAAGAAGGUCGACAGCGCACAGUCUGUUGCGGAGCAGGCGGCGCUGCAAACUGGUGCCGAAGAGGAAGCGGAGCAGCUUAAAAGGUUGAACGAGGAGUAUGAGCGGACGUUUCCUGGACUGAGAUUCGUGGUGUUUGUCAAUGGGCGAGGCAGGCAGGAGAUCAUGGAGAUCAUGAGGACGAGGAUCGCAAGAGGAGAUGUGGAGAUGGAGAGGAGGGAAGGAGUUGAUGCUAUGUGUGACAUUGCGAAAGACCGGGCAGCGAAGUUGUCUGCUUGAUGACUGCAUUCAUCGAUUGUAUUUGUCAAGCGACGCAUCGGACUGCACGGUGGCAAAUACCGCGGCAGAUACGGUGGCACGAUGGCAUCAGUUGCCGUACACAUGCGGUAGCAGC